AUGUCCCAAAGAGGAAGUAAAUAUAUUUUUAAUCCUGCAAAAAUUAACCGUAUUUCCGAGGAUUUCUUUGCACUUUUGUUGUUAAAUCAGUAUUCUAACGUAUUUAACAAAUUAAACCUAGUUUGUUUUGAUUUUAAUGGGAAUUUUAAUGAUUUUCCAUUUAACAAAAUUUACCUGACACAAGAAAUAACGGACGAUUCAAUUAAUUCCUUAAAGAAUGAAGCAGUAGUCAGUCAAGACUUGUUACACAUAGUGUCAUAUAUUCUGCAUGGCUUAAAAAAGAAUCAAAAAUUAAUUAAACUAAUUAAUGAAAAUGUAACGGAAAAGUAUACCACAGAAAGAAUAAGACAGUUAGAAUUAAUUAAGAAAGAAUUGUUAAGUACAUUUAAAGAAGAAGUUUUUAAAUUAUUUAAUGAAAUUGAUUUUGAUUCUGAAGAAAAUUUGGAAGAAUUAGUUAAAAAAGUAAUAAAUAACGACACUAGGGGCGAACUUACCUCUAAUAUGGAUAUUACUGCAGGAUAUGCAGUUCAUAAUAGGGCAGAACUAUCUCCACCCAGGGCAGGACUUAAUACGCAGAGAGCAGGACUUAAUAUACCCACUAUAAGACUUAAUACGCCAAGUGCAAGACUUAAUCCACCCAGUGCAGGACUUAAUACGCAGAGAACAAGACUUAAUCAAUCUAGUGCAGGACUUAAUCCAAGGAGGACAAGAUUUAAUCCAAGGAGGGCAAGACUUAAUCCACCCACUACAAUACUUAAUCCACAUUCACCAGAGCUUAUUCCACUUAUGACAGAAUAUAUUCCCAGUACUGCAGGACUUAAUCCACCACUAGAUUAUUAUGACCAAUUUAUAUUAUAUGAUAGACCAAUUACAACAAGAUAUAAGCCAGAUAUAAAAGUAUACAGUAUACAGCCUAAUGAGUAUGACAUAGCCCAAGAUAACCCGAUUAUAACCCAAGAUAACCCGAAGACAAUAAUAUACCAUAUUAUUACAGAUAUAAUUAUACUAUUAAUUAUACUUACAGUUAUAUACUACUGCAAUUAUAAAUAUAACGUAUACUGGGCAUAA